CAUUUGGGCCAUGUAUUUUUUUUUUCAUUAUCGGGUAAAGUCUGGCUCUCAUCGUCGGUCUUGUCCAGUCGUCCCUGACAGUGAGAAUUAGGGUUUUCAGUUCAGUUUAGCCAAUGAUGAUGAUGAAGUUGAUAAUUGGAUGCAAGAUUUUCCACUGAUUUCAGAUUAUUGUCGAUGUUAAAACUCAGAUUAAACAAUGGUGAGGACUAGAAGUGUAUCACGGUCACCCUCUCAUAGUCGUCGGAGAUAUUCUCCGUCUCCAUCCCCGGUAGGUCUCCGGCACGGCCGACGAAUUAGAAUAGAUCGUAGCCGGUCACCUUCUUAUUCUCACACCAGACGAAGAAGAAGAAGUCCAAGUACGCCACCUCGCCGCAGAAGUCGCCGAUCUCCAUCUCCACCUCCCAAGUCGUCUCGAAGCCCUAGCUUGGCCGCAACUGAGAGGAAAAUUGCAAUAGAGAAAUUGAGAAAGGAGGAUGAAGAAAAGAAAAGACUUCAGGAGGAAGAGCUUAAACAUCUUGAAGAAGAGACUGCUAAAAGAGUGGAACUUGCCAUAAGGAAAAAGGUUGAAGAGAGACUAAAUUCCGAAGAAAUUAAGAAGGAAAUAGAGAGGCGAAUACAUGAAGCACAAACGAAGUUGUUUGACGAUGUUGAAGCUCAACUGAAGAAAGAAAAGGAAGCUGCACUUGAUGAGGCAAGACGGAAAGAGGAGCAAGCACGAAAAGAGAAAGAAGAGCUGGAUAAGAUGUUGGAAGAGAAUCGAAUAAGAGUGGAAGAAUCUCAGAGAAGAAAGGCAUUGGAAUUGCAGAGAAAGGAAGAGGAGAGGCGCAAAGAAUUGGAGCUUAUCCAAAGACAAAUGGAAGAGGCUGCUAGAAGAAAGAAGCUAGAGGAAGAAGAAGGUCAAAAUCAUCAUCACAUGAACAAAAACCCAACUAAGGUGACUAAUUAUUAACAUGAAUUGCAUCAAUAACUUAUUUGGGUGAGUACAAAUGCUUCCAAUUUGCUCUGUUUUCACAAGAUUUUUCAGAUACUUUCUCAUAUGUUUGUUUGAGAAGAUUAGACUAGCUUGGAGUCUCAUAUUCGACUAGACAAUGUAGUUUAAAGCUAAUGGAAUUGAACCCUCAAUUUUAAUU